GGCAACAGUUAGCUUGUCAUUUUUUUAUUUUCAACAAUUUUGCUGACAAUAUUCACUACGUACGUUUCCAUGUCGCUGACGUGAGAAGCGGACUGUACCUAACCUAGAAACCCGUCCAUGAGAAAUAAACGAGUUUCCUCUCUACAAGAUUUUCGUACACCUAUGGUACUAGUCUGUCGUUUGCCGCGUUUGGCGGGAUUUGCUCGCACUUCUGUUCUCGUGUGAUGUGGUUAGUUUGAAAUUCUUCCAUCGCCAUAUUAAUUUAUUUUGCGUGCGAUUAUUUUUAACUGCAUAGAAAAAUGGAGAAUGAAACGGAAAUUGUUGACACUGAAUUUUCCGAUUACAUAGAGAAUACAAUGGGCAUAAGGGCCCACGCAAAAUUUAUCGACGAAUCCUUAAAAGAAAAUAUAAUACCUAAAAAGAGAAAACGAAAUGAAGCAUCAGUGGAAGCUAAACGAGCAGCGGAAGAACAUUAUAUCGAAGCGUUACAAGACCAACAAUACAAAAGAUUAAUGCAUUUGUUAAAUAGAAGCAAAUUUUUCUCUACGUACAUCGUUAAUAAAAUUGACGAUAAUAUGAAGGGAAAAGGCACUAAGGUUAAGAGACAGUACAAAAAGAAGGCGCAUAAGCAAGAUGAAAAUGCGGUACAACCAGAAGGGAAAAAAAGGAGGAGCCAAGAUAUACGAAAUUAUAUAUCUCAGAAUGUACAAGAAAAGAUACAAAUGAAUAAGAGUAAAUUGAAUGAAGAAGAUAUUCAGAAUGCAUUAGUUGUUGACUCUGACAGCGAUGCGGAAAGCGACAAUAAUAAUUUUGAAAUGCCAAAAUAUUUUAAUGGAACAUUGCGAGAUUAUCAAAUACGAGGGUUUAAAUGGUUAAAGGUCCUUUACGAAAAUGGCAUAAAUGGCAUUUUAGCAGAUGAAAUGGGACUCGGAAAAACAGUACAAGUAAUAGCUUUGUUAUGUCACUUAUUUGAAAACGAACAGGAGGGGCCUUAUUUAAUAAUUGUUCCUUUAUCAACUUUGCCGAAUUGGAUAAUGGAAUUUGAAAGAUUUGCACCGACGUUACCGCUCGUGGUACACCAUUGUCCAAAAAAUGAAAGAUUCAUAGCGCAUAAACAAAUUAAACAGAAAUAUAAAGUUACAGACAGUUACAGUAGCCAACCGGUUGUGCUCAGCACAUUUGAAAUAUCGCUGAUGGAUAAAACUUUUUUUAAAACCCAACAUUGGAAAUAUAUAAUAAUCGACGAAGGACAUAGAAUCAAAAACCAUAACUGUGAUCUUUUCAAGGUGCUAAAGAGCUGUAAAUCCAUGAACAGACUUAUAAUGACAGGCACACCGUUGCAAAAUAAUUUAUCAGAAUUGUGGGCAUUAUUAAAUUUCCUGCUGCCAGAAAUUUUUGACGAUUUAGCUGUAUUCGAGUCAUGGUUUGAUGCAAAGGCACUUCAAUACAAUGAAGGCGCCAAGAAAUUCUUAAAGCUCGAAGAAGAGAAACAUGUCUUGGCAUCGUUGCGUGAAAUACUAGAACCAUUUAUGUUGAGACGUGAAAAGUCUGAUGUUUGUUUAGAAAUUCCGCUGAAAAAAGAAGUGAUUAUUUGUACUCCUCUCUCAGACCUUCAACAUCUUUUAUAUAAGGAAGUAAUAAAUCGUCAUUUGUACGAGUACUAUACAAACGAAGAUCCAAGUGUAUACAUAAUUGAUGGCAAAAGGCCAACGAGGCAGUCUGUCUUAAAAAAUAUGAGUAAUGAUGAUCAUAAGCAAAAUAGUGUUACAGAGGAUGAAUCGUCGAAUGAUUCAGUUUCAGAAGGCAAAUUAAAAGACAGAUUGUUAAGCACCUAUCGAUAUUUUGGUAUUUCAAAAUCUAAUCCAGAUUACUUCUUCAACAUUACACGUAAUCGAUUUCCUAUGUAUAAGAAGAUUGUGAACCAUCCAUAUCUAGUCCGCUAUCCAUUGAAUGAUUGUGGUUUACCGUUAAUAGACGAAAACUUAGUUAAAGCAUCUGGUAAACUGUUAGUACUAGAUGCAAUGCUUCCGAAGCUUAAAAGCCAAGGACAUAAAGUUUUAUUGUUUUCUACGAUGACAACACUAUUGGAUGUGAUAGAAGAUUAUCUGUCGAUGCGUCCUUAUGAAUAUGUUAGGUUAGACGGUGGAUGUGACGUUAGUGACAGGAAACAUAGUAUCGAAGAAUUCAAUUCAAACCCGAAUAUAUUUUUGUUCCUGUUAUCUACAAGAGCAGGAGGCGUUGGAUUAAAUCUUACUGGUGCAGAUACUGUCAUCAUGUACGACUCCGAUUGGAAUCCACAAAUGGACAUACAAGCUAUGGCCCGUUGCCACAGAAUAGGCCAGUCGAAACCGGUAGUGAUAUAUAAAUUUUGUACAGAAGGAACUAUCGAUGAAUUCAUUAUGAAUCGUGCAGAAACAAAACGUGUUCUAGAAAAAAUGGUAAUCUCCAAGAAGACCAAAGUAUUAAACCUAAAGAAUAAAGAAACGUUAUUGGAAUUACAAAGGUUUUUGGAAUCGAAAGGCUGUCGAGUAGGUCCAUCUAAAAAUGAAGUUUUUACAGAAGACGAGCUUAACAAAUUAUUAGAUAGAAGUGAUUUAUAUCAAAACUUAGAAUCUAAAGAGCCAUAAUGUAUUUUACAUUUUCUCCUUGAAAAGGUUACGAACAGUAUAAAUGAGAGAUUUUUUAAUUUUACUAUAAUAUUUAUUUUUCUACUCGUUUAAGUUAAGUGUGAGGAAGUUAUGAAAUUAUAAUAUCUAAUAAAGAUAUAUUAUUCUAC